UGCACUUUAAGGUGCUAAUGACCACAUGUGGGCAGAGUGUACAUCAGUGCUGUUGCUUGCUUCAGCUGCUUUUUUUCCCUGGGGGGAAUCCAUGCUCAGCCUGGCCCCAAACUACCUCUGCUAAUCCCACCAGAGCAGAGGAGGAGGAUCUGCUGUGAACACACACACCUCACACACUCCUGCCCACCUGAGAGCAGAGUGGAGCAACUGAGAGGACCCACAGCAGCAGACCUUUCAUUAUGGACUUCCUCAUCCAGCUGCUGUUCUCUCCUCUCCCGACCCCGGCCAUCAUCUCUCUGUUGGCCGUCUUCGCUGCGACGCUGUAUUACCUGAACACACGACCCAGCCCCGUCCGGACCCCCAUCGACCUGAAAUGCCAAACUCUGGGAAUCAAGGAUGGAGCACGGAAGACGGCCUUGCUGGAGGACAACAACAACCUGAUGUCGUAUUACUACGAGGACGCCAAGACCCUGUAUGAAGCUUUUCAGAGGGGUCUGAAAGUUUCAGGAAAUGGACCAUGCUUAGGCUACAGGAAGAAAGGAAGGCCAUACCAGUGGUUGAAAUACAAACAGGUAUCUGAUAGAGCCGAGCACCUGGGGUCAGGGCUGAUCCACAAAGGCCUGAAGCCGAACACGGACACCUUCAUUGGCAUCUUCGCUCAGAACAGACCGGAGUGGAUCAUCAGUGAACAGGCCUGUUACACCUACUCCAUGGUAGCGGUCCCCCUGUACGACACCCUGGGUCCUGAGGCUCUGGUGUUCAUUAUAAACCAAGCCGAGAUCUCCACCGUCAUUUGUGACAACCAGACCAAAGCAGAGACUCUGCUGCAGACCCGGGAGAAAGACGAGACUCCUGUCCUCAAAACCAUCGUCAUCAUGGACUCCUUCAGCUCUGAGCUGGUGGAGAGAGGGAAGCAGUGUGGGGUGGACAUCGCGUCCAUGGAGGAUGUGGAGGCCCUGGGGAAAAGUAAUCUUCGUGAUCCAGUCCCGCCAAAGCCAGAAGACCUCAGCAUCGUUUGCUUCACCAGCGGCACAACAGGGAACCCAAAAGGAGCGAUGCUGACACACGAGAAUGUGGUCUCAGAUGCUGCAGGUGUCAUCAAAGGCUUUGAGUCCUCAAUCGUCCCCAGCUUGGAUGACGUCAGCAUCUCCUUCCUGCCUUUGGCUCACAUGUUUGAGCGAGUUGUACAGGUGGUGGUGUACAGUGUCGGAGCGAGGGUGGGAUUCUUCCAGGGAGACAUCAGACUGCUGCCAGACGACAUGAAAACUCUUCAGCCCACUAUUUUCCCAGUCGUUCCUCGACUGCUCAACCGCGUCUAUGACAAAGUUCAGAGUGGAGCCAAAUCACCUUUCAAGAAGUGGCUGCUGAACUUCGCCGUGGACAGAAAGUAUGCUGAAGUGCAGGAUGGGAUCAUCAGGAAAAACAGCCUGUGGGACAAACUCAUCUUCAACAAAGUCCAGGAGUCUUUUGGAGGACGAGUGCGGAUCAUGGUGACCGGAGCAGCACCCAUCUCUCCGUCUGUUCUCAACUUCCUCAGAGCGGCUUUGGGCUGCCAGAUCUUUGAGGCGUACGGUCAGACAGAGUGCACGGCCGGCUGCACAUUCACCAUGCCAGGAGACGCUACGUCAGGUCACGUCGGGGCGCCGCUGCCCUGUAAUGUGGUGAAGUUGGUGGAUGUUGAAGAAAUGAACUACUUUGCCUCAAACGGAGAGGGGGAGGUUUGCAUCAAAGGCAGAAAUGUGUUUAAGGGCUACUUGAAGGACCCGGAGAAGACUGCAGAGGCUCUGGACGAGGACGGCUGGCUCCACACUGGAGACAUCGGAAAAUGGCUUCCGAGUGGAGUUCUGAAGAUUAUCGACCGUAAGAAGAACAUCUUCAAGCUGGCUCAGGGCGAGUACAUCGCCCCAGAGAAGAUCGAGAACGUGUAUGUACGCAGUGGACCUGUGGCCCAAGUGUUUGUGCAUGGAGACAGUCUGCAGUCCUGCCUGGUCGCUGUUGUGGUCCCUGACCCUGAAGUCCUGCCUGGUUUUGCCCAAAGUCUGGGAUGUCACGGCUCCAUAGAAGAACUCUGCAAAAACACAGAAAUAAAGAAAGCCAUUCUUUCGGACAUGACCAAACUGGGAAAAGAAGCAGGACUGAAAUCCUUUGAGCAGGUAAAAGACUUGUUCGUCCACCCUGAGCAGUUCACCAUCGAGAACGGUCUGUUAACUCCAACUCUGAAAGCCAAGAGAGCCGAGCUCAAAACUCUGUUCCAGCCACAGAUCGACAAACUGUACGCUGACCUCCAAUAAACAAAUAUUGACCUUUUC